AUGACAUAUAAUAGAAGGUUUAAGAUCUCGCCCGACAACGAGCUCGGCAUCGGGGCAGGAAUCUCCCCCACGCUGAAGCGAAAGCGUCUGUACGAGGACCCGUCACAGAAACUCUGCAAGCCGUUCAAGAGCCCGAUACUGGUGUCUUCAGCUGUCUCGGCUGCUGGUAGGCAAAUCCGCACAGCCCGCGCCAACGGUCCACAAUCGUACGCAGAAGUUGGCCAGGAGAACAUCCCUUUUGGAUCCACGAAAGACGAUGACGAGCAGUAUGGACUGAACAAGAAAAAGGGUGCGCUAUUGCCUCGCAAUGUCUUUAACUCCAUGGACGAGACGAACAAAAUUCUGACGCGCAAGUUUAGGGCUCCGGUCAAAACGAGUGCCGACAACGAGUACGAGCUGACCAACGCACAGCCGCCGCCGCCUCUGGGAAACAGAAAACGCUUGUACUUCCCUCCCAAGCCGCUGCACGAUCCGCUCGGAGAGUACGCCAUCGUUCUGUACGAUCCCACGGUGGACGUGAUUCCCGGCAUGAAAGAAGAAGAAGAGGCUGCUCUGGCGGCAGCAAAGGCGGCAGCUGCUGCGGAAGAGCCACAGAAACCUGCAAAGUCUGCACAUAAGUCGCUGAACGAGAUUUUGGGGAUCAGUACCCGUCCAGAGGAGGAAGUCAUGAAACAGUUCCCGAACGUCCCCGUUGUCAUUGAUCCGAAGCUCGCCAGAAUUCUCAGACCCCAUCAAGUGGCGGGAGUAAAGUUUCUGUAUCGCUGCACGGCAGGACUCGUGGAUGCAAGAGCCAAAGGGUGCAUCAUGGCUGACGAAAUGGGUUUGGGCAAAACACUUCAAUGCUUAACCCUGAUGUGGACGCUUCUUAGACAAGGACCACGAGGCAAGAAAACAAUCGAAAAAUGCGUCAUUGUGUGUCCAUCGUCGCUGGUGAAGAACUGGGCCAACGAGAUCGACAAAUGGCUCGGAAAGGGGACACUGAAUUCUCUCGCAAUGGACGGCAAAGGUUCCAAAGGAGCGGGCGAUAUGGCCGAGGUGUUGAGGCAAUGGGCUCGUGCCAAAGGACGAUCCAUUGUCAGACCUGUCCUGAUCAUCAGCUACGAAACACUUCGUAGAAACGUGGAGAAUUUGGAAGGAACAGAGAUUGGUUUGAUUUUGGCAGACGAAGGCCACAGACUCAAAAAUGGAGACUCCCUCACAUUCACGGCCUUAAAUUCUCUAAACUGUGAACGCCGUGUGAUUCUGUCUGGUACUCCUAUCCAAAACGACUUGUCAGAAUACUUCUCCUUGCUGAACUUCUCCAAUCCAGGGGUUUUGGGUUCUCGCGCACAAUUCAGAAAGAACUACGAGCUGGAUAUUCUUCGUGGCAGAGAUUCGCUUGCCACUGAAGAGGAGCGGAAAAAAGGAGACGAAAAGCUUCAGGAGCUCACUGAACUGGUAUCACGUUUCAUAAUCAGAAGAACAAACGAUAUUCUGUCGAAAUAUCUGCCAGUUAAAUAUGAAUACGUUGUGUUUUGCAACCUGAGCGAGCUCCAAUCAAAACUAUAUCGCCAUUUUGUCACUUCUCCAGAAAUCAACAAGCUGAUUAGAGGCUUGGGGUCCCAACCUCUCAAAGCCAUUGGCCUGCUUCGAAAACUGUGCACACACCCUCGUCUGCUUGAUUUACCGAGCGACAUUUCUGGAUCCGAGAAUAUUCUACCAAGUGACUACGACUUUGGGAACGGAAGAAACAAAGACGUUCAAACAUGGUACAGUGGCAAGUUUGCCAUGCUAGAGAGGUUCCUUUUCAAGAUUCGCAAAGAAACAGACGACAAAAUCGUCCUUAUUUCCAACUUUACACAAACAUUGGACCUAAUAGAGAAACUUUGCAGACAUCAUAGGUUUGGAACGGUGAGAUUGGACGGAUCACUGGGAAUUAACAAGCGCCAAAAGCUGGUGGACAGGUUCAACGAUCCGAACGCUGAGGAGUUUGUUUUCUUGCUGAGUUCCAAAGCAGGAGGGUGUGGUAUAAACCUCAUUGGUGCCAACAGACUGAUUUUACUGGAUCCCGACUGGAAUCCUGCCAGCGACCAACAAGCCUUGGCAAGAGUUUGGAGAGAUGGCCAGAAGAAGAAUUGUUUUAUUUACCGAUUUAUUGCGACGGGCACUAUAGAGGAGAAAAUCUUCCAGCGUCAGUCAGCCAAAAUGGAGCUUUCGACAUGCGUGGUCGACUCCAACGAAGACGUGGAAAGACAGUUCUCCAGCGAAAAUUUGAAGCAGUUGUUUUUGUACAAUGAUCAAACGCCCUGCGAAACCCAUGAAACUUACAAGUGCAAGCGUUGCCAAAGCGGAAAGCAGAAAAUGAAAUCUGCUGCGAUGUUGUAUGGAGAUGCUACCACAUGGAAUCAUAUCGACCAUGACGAUCUGGCACAGAAUGAUGAUUUCUUGAUGCAAAAUGAAUCUCAGUACGACUCUGUCAGCUUUGCGUUCGAGUAUAUCUCACACUAG